GGUUAGAAGAGGGAGAAAGGAAUUAAGAACUGUUUAAAUGAGAAUUCGAGGACAGGGGCUGCAGACUGAGCAAGCUAAACAAAACAACAAAAGUGGAGACAGAUUUAUUUUACGCACGGGGAAAGUGGGGAGUAGUGGGAGUAAAGGAGAAAGAGGCAUGGGAUUUUUUUCCUCUAAAUGUAUCCUGUCUGACUUUCAUGACUCAGAAAGGAUUCCUGUUAAACUCAGCCGCUCUGCAGGAAUUGAUGGUGUCUUUUAAGGGAAACGGAGCCGAGGGGAGGAAUCUGAAUGCGCUCGGCUGAACCAUGCCAGGCUUGUGGAUCCUAACUUUGGCACUCGCUUUUAACCAAGUGUGCUGUGUGCGAUUCUCCCAGGAGCCGGCUGACCAGUCUGUGGUUCUGGGGGAACGGGUGGUGCUGUCCUGCGUGGUCUUCAACUACACGGGCAUCGUACAGUGGACUAAGGACGGCUUGGCCUUGGGCGUCGGAGAAGGUCUUCGAGCCUGGCCCAGGUAUCGAGUGCUGCGGGCGCUGGACACCGGUCAGUACAAUUUGGAGAUCUCACACGCGGAGCUCUCGGAUGACUCGCUAUACGAGUGUCAGGCCACAGAGGCCGCCCUGCGGUCCAGGAGAGCAAAGCUUAACGUACUUAUCCCCCCUGAGGAUCCGGUGGUGGAGGGCACGCCGGAGCUGCUGCUGAUGGCUGGUACUGGAUUCAACCUGACCUGCGUAACCCGCGGGGCCAAGCCCGCAGCUCACAUCCAGUGGACCAAGAACGGCUUCCCUGUGGAGGGAGCGCACCACUCUACGGAGGUGCUGCCAGACAGGAAGAGAGUGACGACCAGGAGCUAUCUCCCCAUCACUCCAGUUGACACUGACAGUGGCAGCAAUUUCACUUGUGUGGCCAGCAAUCCAGCAGUGCCAAUGGGCAAACGAGCCACUGUCACUCUCAACGUCCACCACCCUCCCACGGUGACCUUGUCCAUCGAACCUCGCUCUGUCCUGGAGGGAGAAAGAGUCACAUUCACCUGCCAGGCCACUGCCAACCCGCCCAUCAUGGGCUACAGGUGGGCUAAAGGUGGUGUGCUGCUGGAGGGGGCCAGGGAAAGUGUGUUUGUCACCACAGCAGAUCAUUCAUUCUUCACCGAGCCCGUGUCGUGUCAGGUGUUCAACGCAGUGGGAAGCACUAACGUCAGCAUCCUCGUGGACGUGCACUUUGGUCCAAUUCUGGUGGUGGAGCCCAGACCAGUAACAGUGGACGUGGACUCAGAUGUCACUUUGAACUGCAAGUGGUCUGGAAACCCCCCUCUUACCCUUACUUGGACUAAAAAGGGCUCCAACAUGGUUCUCAGCAACAACAACCAGCUGCAUUUGAAGUCAGUGAGCCAGGUCGAUGCAGGACAGUAUGUCUGCAAAGCCAUCGUGCCGCGCAUCGGAGUGGGAGAGACCGAGGUUACGCUCACUGUCAACGGCCCGCCCAUCAUCUCCAGCGAUCCAGUUCAGUACGCCAUCAGAGGUGAAAGAGGAGAGAUCAAGUGUUACAUCGCCAGCACCCCCCCACCUGAUAAGAUUGUUUGGGCGUGGAAGGAGAAUGUGUGGGAGAAGGAAAAAGGCACUCUGAUGGAGAGAUAUACUGUGGAGCAGAGCAAACCCCAAGCCCAAGGUGGGGCCGUCCUCUCCACCCUGACCAUCAACAAUGUCAUGGAGUCCGACUUCCACUCUCCAUACAACUGCACUGCCUGGAACUCUUUUGGACCUGGAACCAUGAUCAUUACCCUGAAGGAGAAAGAUAUUGUUCCAGUGGGAGUUAUCGCCGGUGCAACAGUGGGCUCCUCCAUUCUGCUGCUCAUGAUUCUGCUGGCACUUGCCUUCUUCUUCUACCGCCAACGCAAAGGCAGUCGCCGCGGUGUCACACUCGGUAAACCAGACAUCAAGGUAGAAACGGUCAACAAAGAGACCCACAGCCUGGAGGAGGAGGCAGCCAACGUCUCUACAGCUACCAGAAUGGUCAAGGCCAUGUACUCCUUUUUGCCCUCUGUUUCCCUCUCUCCCUCCACUCAGCCAUUCAAAGACGACAUGGACCUGAAGCAGGAGAUCAGGAGCGAGAGCGAUACGCGGGAGGAGUAUGAGCUCAAGGAUCCAACUAAUGGCUACUACAAUGUUCGAGCCACCACCCACGAAGAAGCGCGACCUCAGUCCCGUGUUGUCCACUACCAGGGAGAGUUUCGCCCUCCAAACCCUAACACCGGACCAGUCGGAGCCACUUCCAGCGGACCUUCAGCUGCCGCCAGUGGUGCAGUUCCACCCAGCGCAGUGCCUGGCUCAAGAGCAGGCUGCUAUGACCCUCGCCCACCCUCCAGGAUGUCCCAUGCUACUUAUGCCCAGUUCAACACCUUCUCCCGGGCAGCACAGAGGCAGGAGGCUCCUCCAAAUCCGGUUCUUCCAUCACCAGGAGAUUACCCUGGAGGAGACUGUGGCCUGCUGGACAGCACAACCCAACUUCCAUAUGACAGCUAUGGAUAUCCCUCCCAAUAUUCCAGUUACCGAAUGGGCUUCGCUCCUACCAUAGAGGAAGGGUCGGCCUAUGAGAUGUAUCCAACAGGACAGGGGGCCGGGUCAGGUCCAGGAACAGGACAGCAAAGUCCUGAAACGGGCCUGGCAAAGUAUGGGAGUUCCACUCGCUUCUCAUACUCAUCUCCACCCUCUGACUAUUCCAACAGACACACGCAACGAAUGCAGACUCAUGUGUGAGAAAGAUAGACAUGCUUUCUUGCAUUUGCUUUCAGAAUCAGCAGUAUCAUCACAUUCUGUAAAAAUCCUACCAUUCUCUAUGUGAAUCUUCAAGAAUCUGUUUUUCUUUUCCAUGGCAAUCACUGCAUGGAAAACCGUUUUCGUACACCAAGACCCGACAUUUAGGAGCAUUUCAUAUGACACAGAAAGAAGCAAUACAUGCAAAGUGAUCUUCAUGCUGAUUUACGCAGGCUUCCUAUCUGUAGUGGUUAUCCAUCAACAAAAGCAAAAGUGAGAUCAGGAGAGGAAAAGAGAAGAACAAGAAGAGCACUUGGAGAUGGGAGCGAUCCCUAUCCUGCUCUUGGACCACCUCCCCAAUGACAUGGUCCUCACAAGCCCUCCCAUCUCUGUAAAUAAUGUUACAUUUGAGCCAUUUUAAAGUUAUAUUUCUUGUAUAAAGCUAUAAAAGGCAAACCUCUCAGUAAGCCACACUUUUUUUUUUUUGCCUUUUCUGACGUACAUUGCUGAACACCUAAAUCCAGACAUACACAGACACAUCUCUUUAAAAAAAUGCAGCAAAGGGGCAGCUUGGACUACAGACAAUGCUGACACUUGUCACUAAAACUUCUUAAUGGCUUUUUCUUACAAGAUCUACCUUGAUUUGAGUGGGACGAUGCGUCUGGAGCGAUCAGCGUGCCAGUUCUUAUGUGCCAACACAAAAAAUAAAAUUGUUUCUCCUUUUUUCAACGUGUGGAAAAUGAGGUGCUCCUGGUAACAGAAUAUUGUACAAGACAAAAGGAGCAGUAGCAAGCGUCUCUUUGCUCCUACUCCUCCUCAUACUGUGUUUCUGUCAUCAAACAUCUAUUUCUAUACCUAAUAUUUCACCUGAAGUCAAUCAUAUAGGCAGUGUUUGUGAAACAAGGUGUUGUGGGAGCACCUUUUCAUUCUAUACAUUUCUGCAAUUUGUGCAAAAAGAUACCUCCCCUACCCUCAAGUGUUUAAAAAUGUAUUUGUUUCUCUCACUUGCACAGUAGAAUAGACUUUUUUCCAUAUUUAUACUGAAGCAUAUAAAAAAAUGACAUUCAGAAACAUUUUAUAAUAUUUUUAUAGGGAGUUGUGGACCAAAGGUUCAGCAUUUUGGGUGACACUCACUUUUUAAUGUGUACGGUGGCGCUAUGCUUGGAAGCGGUCUGCGUUCCUUUAAAAUGAAGUGGUUUUUAAUGUUGUAGGCUUAAAGUAGAAAACCUAAAGAGUUUCACCUCAAAAUAACAAAUAUCCAGCUGGAUCAGAUACCUGCCAUGGAUAUAUUUGUUUGGUGUGAAUCUCUUUCUUUGACUUCCUGUCUUCUGACUGGACUGCCUUUUUUCUAAAGCUGAUGACGACAUUCAAAUCGAUGGGUUUGGAUCGAACAGCUGCUCGAUUGGAGCAGUUCUGCUAUCUUGGGAAGCAAUGAGACGGUUUAAAUGUAGUCUAACAUAUCAAAGUGAGGUAGAGAGGGUUCUAUCUAGCUCAUAUGGUACUUUGUGCUAUUUGUAAGUAUGCUGAUUUUCUCUCUGCAACAGAAACAUUGCUGGUGUCUUAUGUCUAAGAUUUUUCAGUGUGUUAUGUCAGGUUUUGGAGUGCGUAACUGGCCUUCAAAGCAGAACUUGGUACUCGAAACUUGAAAAUCUGAGGGGAUAAACCAUGCAAGUUCCUCUUCCUCCUCUUAGUUGUGCUCAGCUAUGUUGUCAAAUUAUUAUCUGUGGAGACAGCUGUUCUGUUCAAACAACGCCCUCUACAGUUACAAUCCUGCUAAAAGACCCAGCGAUUAUACAUUUUCAGUGUUCUGGCAAAGCUCACCACAUUUUUAUUUAGAAUGUCCUGGAUGUUUUAAGAGUCCAUAAUACCAUGCACUCAAAAAUGGCUCCAGGGACCUUUGGCCUUUGAAUUAUAAAACAUUUCCACAGCAACAUAGAGCUACUAGCUUACUUAACAACGGGAAUUCUUUUUCUACACGUUUAUCCUUCCUUUCUCAUCAGACCCAAAUGCUUAAUCUUAGUCUAAUGUGACUAAAGCAGUAAAACUCUGCAGUUUUACAUUUGUAGCGCCUCUGAAACAACAAGGUGGCAUUUAGAGUGCAUUUAAUAGAUGGUAUGGAGACAUUGUGACCCUGUGAUUUCUGUUUUGGUUGCCACUUUCUAGCAGUAAGCUUAUUUUUUUUUAACUCCCUCACAUUCAUUGUUUAUCCUGCCACAAUUGUGCAUGUAGGCAACAUAAAUUUGGAUCCUUUUCCAGCAUUGUUUUUCAAAGUUCUAGUUGGUCUAAAUGUUUUCGAAAUGAGUAAGAAACUAUUUAUUAAGUUAAUGAAGGCCAAGACAUAUAUCUGGCUUCUCUUUUCCAUUUUGAGGAGUGUCUACGUGAAAUUGGCCUUUGUGUCACGACACAUUUAUACCCCAAGCUGAAAAAAGAUCCUAGACACCAUCAAAAAAUAAUUUAGUCGCAGUUUUUGUAGGAAUUUCACGAGGAAAAGUCAAAAGUGCUACAGUGACUUUGAGAAAAUUAUUCCUCAAUAUGGUAUUAUGUAUUUCCUACUGAACUCAAAUUAAAGGAUGGAUUUUUCAGAUUACCCCAAUUUUUAACAAAGAUGAUCUCUGGACAGUUAUUGUCAUAGACCUCAGUGCAGCAUCAGUGUUCUAUCAAAUAGAUUAUGCUAUUUCUUAUUGUAGUAUAUUAUUAUAUUAAUUAUUAUAUUGCAGCAUUAAAGCUCAGUUUAAAUGCUGCAAUAUUAGGUCUAAUAUUGUAGCAUAUGUUAAUCUUCCCCCCCAGUGGACUAAAAUCAGUUAUGUUUGCACUCUAAACAUAAUGAGAUUCGACUAGAUUGCUCUCUUCAUCAUCAUACUAACUCAAAACUUCAUAUUUUAUGGUUACAAGAAAUUGUUUAGUGGAAUACAAGGAAGGUUUGCCAUUAAAUAUGAUUCCCAAGUUCGAAGCUUGCACAUGGUUAAGAUAGCCUUUUCCUGAAGAACAGUAAGACAAUGAACCUUUCGAUUGCAUCCAUCAGUAGUAGAUUCUAUAUUUCACUUAGUUCCCAUCCUGCACGCUUCCCUGGGCAGAUAAAUUUAAAAGGCGCCGAAAGCAAUAAGGAGUCACUCACUUGUAUCUGUAUUCUACAUUUUGGAGCAGUUAAAAAUGAUUGUGCAUUAAAUAAGCCCCCCGGCUGCAGAGGCUGUCAGCCACUCCAGAAGUAAUCAUUGACUGUUUAUAUUUAUCAGACGGCCCAUCAACCCUUCAUGGUAUAUUAUGGUAAUUGUCUGCAGAGGGGCUAUAAAAAUGUGUUUAUUGCUCUUGUUUUCUAUGAACACAGAGAAAGAAAACCACAGCCACACUGUUUUGUAACUCAGAGGCAACCUUGUAGCUCCAAGGUCACAAUGUAAACAAUUUCAGUAGGGGUAAAAUGUCAGGUGGAGCGGCGUUUAAAAUUUUAAACAGUUAUCACACCAGUGGUACUGCACACUAUAAUCUAUUUACAACCUUUUUACAGAGUUGUAGCUGAGCAGUAUUUUGCAUCUGACUUGCAAUCUUGUCACAACCUUGUGGAAGGAUGAGUGAAUUUGACAGAGGAGGUACUGAGGCUGUUAAACGCAUAGCCAAUCCAUGCAGGUACUUAGUUAAUACCUCUGGUGACAGCCUGUUGACAUUAGAGGUCAUAUAAAAUGUUAAACGCACAUGGACGAUGCUAAGGUAAGGUACAACAGUGAAAAAAAUACAGGUGCAUUUCAAUAAAUUAAAAUAGGUUUGAACUGCACCUGUAGGUGAAUUGGAAGGAAAUAUGAAAACUUUUACCUCAUUAGGUUGUUAUUCCUUGGCGUUUUUCCCCAUCUUCCAUGUGUUUCUCUUCGUGUAAGGUGUGCUGAUAGUUUCUUUCAAACUUGCUGCCAUGUGUCAAAGUAAAAGCCAUCUGCCAGCUUCCAAAUGUCAAAGUCAAAACUGCCUUCAUAAAAAAAGAAAUCAAGUCAUUAUUGCAAACCUCUGUCUUGUUGCUUUCUUCCAAAUUCCCAUCAUAUAGUAACACUAUAACACAGUAUAGUGUAGGUGUGUCUUUUUAGCUUGCUUAAUAUUCUGGUGUCUGUUUUAUAGAAUAUAUAAUAAUUCAUGAGGUCAUUAAAUCCACGUUUAACAUUUCUCUGAUUUAUUUCAUUUUAACCAAGUCUUUUAUAAUCUUUUAAUUACUUUUUGGUGUUACAUCACCAGAUGAAGAAAGGACUGAUCCAAAGUGUCUUUUUAACUAAUACUCAUUCUUUGGUUCUGAUCUAAUUCAUCAAGCUCAUGAAAAAAAAAAAAGUUGGGUAUUGAACAUCUGUGGCCCAGACAACUUGUCGGUCAGGCUACUAAUAGCCCAAACUCAGUCUCAACUAGGCCAACCCAGACUAGGACCUGGCCAAACCCAUGCUGGGCUGGGCUGGGCUCGCCUAAAGUGUCUUGACAUCCAGUUUUACUGUGUUGAAUCUUUCAGUGAGUGCCAAAAAAAAAAUCAACUGAGCAGACGUACAAAUUUAGCAGGAGUUUGUGUUUAUUGUGUCUCUGUAUUCUCACGUGUGACUGAGUAUCUAUGUGAGUAUCGGUGUGGAUGAACGUGUCUUCAAACAUGUCCUACUUUAAAGAUGCAUGUGAGUGUGUGUGUGUGUGGGCAGUAUGUAACCAGGGUCAUUAAAAACAUGUUUGGACCACUGGAGAUUAGGGUUUGACUGAUAAUUUCACAUCUCGGUUGAUCUCACCUGCUGGUAUGAAGGAGAUCACUCCUGACCACAGCUUGAAGAGCCUAAAAAUGCAGAUUUCCCUGUUAAAUAUAAUUUCUAAUAGCUCAAAUGUUGUUUUAGUAAAAUGUUAUUGCUUUAAAUGCAGUUAUUGCCUUUAUUGUGAUAAAUAUGUCAAAUCUUAUUUUUAUCCCAUAGGAAAACUGGUAUAAUGUGGCUCUUUUCCUUGUCCUGUAGUUUUAAUCAUCAUUUUAUCUCAUAUUAUCAUUAUUUUUUUUAUUUAUAUUCACAUAUAAGAAAGGUGACACAAAAUUAAUACCUACAGUUAAGAACUACUCCUGUUUGUUGGUGAUGCAGAUAAUAGCAAAAAAGCAGUGCAUUAAACUGGAACAUUGAUUAAAUAAUCUGAACAAAUAUGGUACAUUCAUACUUUUUAAUGUGUUAUAAAGAGAAGUGUAACAAUUAAUAUUUGAUUUUGUAUCAGCGAUUUUUGUGUAAAUAGAGCAGUUCAGUCCUUCUUAAAAUGAAAGGAAAUGUAGUAUUUUACAGUAUGUGAGCAACCAAAUCUCAACCUCUGAAAGCAUUGUCUAGAAAGCUAAACAAUUUCAAACUGCAAAUCUGAUCCUGUAAACAAUUAAAGUUACAUAAUCAGUUUUAAGCAGGAACAUUUAAACAAAUGUAACAGGUUGUUAUUUUGUGUGUUAAAUCCUAAGGAAUUUACAUGCCAAUAUCCCCUUAAAGUAUCAAGUUUCUGCCUUACAUUUCUAUGGGAUAUGGGUACAACUGGCUUUAAGUAAGUAAAGCUCCAUAAUUGCCUUUCUAUGCAUCUGAUAGUGUAGCAAACAAAUUAAUCUUGAUUUAAGCCGGGCUGCCACAGAUUUUUAGGACAUGGCUAAACACUCCAUGUGAUCAUUGCAUCUUAAAGAUGCAAUCUAUAACACACAUAUGAACUACUGUUCCAGACUUUACAUAAAAGUGAUAUGCAAAUCCCUAAUUACUUAAUGAAAAUGUUAUCUAAUCUCCUGCUACACUGGGCUGGUAUUGUCUGCACUGAUGAAGAUUCACUCACCUCAUCAUGCCUAUUGCUUGAAGUGGCUGGCCUAGCUAGGUAGUUGGACUUCAUUUCUGAUUAAUUGAGUAAUAAAUAAAUAAAAAAGCAAAAAUGCAUUUCCUCUUGACCAAACAUUUUGAAGUUUACUAAAUGAGUUAAGGGUGUUUUGUUGAAGAUGUAGAUUGCUGAAACACCUACAUUACACUUUUAAAAAUUAUUAAAUAUUUUUUUGCUUAUUUUGAUUUCAGGAAAGAGCCAAAUUAUAAUAUGGAUUUAAUUAAAGUAAAAAAAUGAUGAAUAGUUUCAAGAAUCAUACUGUUUGUCAGUCAAACUCUAGUAGAAUAUUGGAUAUAUGUGGAAGGAGGUACGAUAUGGCUUUAGAUCACGUGUAAGGAGCCGAAACAGUAUGAUGGUCAGUAAUCUAGCUGCAGCGCCUGUCUGCUCUCUGCAUGAGGAAACAAAGUGAUGUUCUGCUUGAUGUUUUUAAGCAUCUGAUGAUCAUUACAGUGAGGAGGAAUCUAUGUUGCACCCAAAACUCUGUGAAAUGGAGGCGAGGAUCAUUAGGAGGCAGAUAAUGAGUGAGUUCAAUCAAUCGUAUAUAAUCUUUAUUCUCCAGUUCUUAAUUUGUAUCCCUGUAUAUUGUUCACAUGUGUAUGAAGUUUUUGUUAAAUACUAGUGUAUUGCUUUUGUUAAGAAGACAUCUGUGAAAACAAACUUACAAUAUACUGAGAUAUUGUUUUUCUUUCAUAAUUCCUGUCAUGUUUUUGUUCAAAUUCAAUGUAAUUAUUUUUUCACAAUUAAAAGAAAAUAAAAGAUGACAAUUUCAUAA